GCAUCUGUCCAGGGGCGGGUAGGCGCUAACCGUGCAGUAUGGCGGACGAUGGAGACACUUCCAGCGGACCAGUGGACACCAGCGGCGGGCAGGGGGCAGCGGAAGAGUCCUCCGACGGGUACGGCCUCAGUGCGAUGUUGUUGAAUCUUAGUGUUGUGGUUCUGGUGGCGGCGCUGUGUCUGGCGGCGUACCGACGGUGGGGCAGGCGGCUCAUCGUGUCCGCGGCCCAGGGCGACGAGGCCUCGGCUCUGCCCAAGAUGAGGAGACGGGACUUCAGUCUGGAGCAGCUGGGGGAGUACGACGGGCUCCAGAACCCCCGCAUCCUCAUGGCUGUCAACAUGAAGAUCUUCGAUGUGACCAGCGGGAAAAAGUUUUACGGGAAAGAUGGUCCUUAUGGCGUUUUCGCGGGCCGGGAUGCUUCGAGAGGCCUGGCCACCUUCUGCCUGGAGAAAGACGCCCUGAGGGACGAGUACGACGACUUGUCCGACCUCAACGCCGUGCAGAUGGAGAGCGUGAGGGAGUGGGAGAUGCAGUUCAUGGAAAAAUAUGACUACGUGGGCAGGUUGCUGAAGCCCGGAGACGAGCCGUCGGAGUACACGGACGAGGAGGACAUCAAGGACCACCUGAAGCACGACUGAGCUGCAUCACAACGACCAAAGCCGGGAGACCCCAAACAGCUGCGACAGACCGCUCGCCCACAUCUACCUGCCACUCCUCUCUCCAUCCCCCCAAAAAACUCUUCACCUCCUCGAUCUGUCCGGCUGUUCUGGAAGGACCUCCCUCCCUCUUCAUCCUGCGGAGAUGACCACCAACGAUUGAAAUCCUUCAAUGAGGGCUCUUUUAAAAAAAUAAAAUAAAAAAACAUGUCUGGGCGGAAGAGGAGAGAGGGGAUGUGCAAGUAGAUGUCUUCGAAAUAUAUUUUAGUCAUUUCUCCCAGGGGGGGGGUGGGGUCAUCGUGGAGGUAGAGAAACACGUGGAUGAUCAUCGGGACGGGGGAGCAGAUUUCUCUCUUUUUAUCUUAGUCACAACUGAAACUGCUUCCGCUUCGGACAGCUUAUCAAUCAAUCUUUCUUUUUUUGUGUUCGGAUAAUUUCCCCUCGUUGUCGAGAGGGCUGCGCUGCGGAAAUCGGCGGGGCGUCGCAUUUUCCUGUUGUGUUUGUAGUGUAUGCACUACUAGGUUUCUUUGUUUGUCACCAUGUGAUUGUAUUUGUUGAGUAGCAUAUAGGGAAGAGAGGGAAGGAGUUUCUCUUUUUUGGAUGGGGUUGGGGGGGGGGGUUUAAAAGGUCUUUGCCAUAUGAAUUCUGUUUUGAAUCCCACGAGACGGACUGAAUCACUGAUCGGGAAUACAAAGGGAAGGUGGGCAGUUCUAAUCAAUCCACUCAAUUGUUUACAUGCCUCACAAGCCGGCUGCAAGUCUGUAGAUUCCCCCUGAAAAUGGUCCAAGUAUUAAUUGUGCCUUAUUUUGUUUGUUGCGUCAGUCCUGACCGUUCUAACAGAGGAGGCGAGCGGAGGGAUGGAGCAGCGGUUCCCCCCCCCCCCAGACUUUAAAAGAAGGCAUACGUUCUGUCAGUCGUCCCACACACACAGACUGUAAAAAUCUCCCCACUUCACAAACUCUGUAAAUAAACCAUAUGAGUUACUCAGUGUUACUGCCAUAUUUAUGUAGUUGAGGAACUCCAGAUAUGUAUAAUGCGAUGUCGUACUGGCCAAAACCCCCAUGGUUCCUUUCUUCUUCUUUUUUUGGCUCUGAACUUCUUUUUAAAACGUGGGUGAUUCCCCCCCUCCUCACCCUCCACCCAAAAAAUAAGACGGGAGUGUUGCAAAGGGCGGGACCGGGAGCUGUUCUUGCGAAAUUUUGUUCGGAGACGUUGCUUAUCCUGUAAAUAUAUCUAUCAUUUUAUUAAAGCAUGUGCAACAACAAAGUGAGCUAUGCCGAAUUUCCCACCACGUCAUGUAUUUAAAUGUUGGGUGUGUGUGUGUGUGCGUGUCUGCGUGACAGAGGCAGGAAGGGAUUUGUUCAUGCAUAAUAAAUCGAUUUGGUUAAUAAUUGAA